UAACGAAUUUAACGUGUAUGGCCUGUAUGACGUUUUGAUGGUUUUGAUCUGUUUUGAUGCGCUUUCAAAAUGUUUGUAUAGAAUUUUAUUUUAUUUGUGUAUCUUUUUAACAUAAUAUAAAAAUUAGGUACAUAAAAUAAUUCGUGCUGCGAUUCAGAAAUAAAAUGGCAUCGAUUCAGGAGCGAUUGCAGCUCAAGCGAGUUCCGCUUGACAAAUGGUCCACGAAGGAAAAACUGUGCUUGGCUUCUGCCGUGGCCUGUAGUGGUGACCAAAACUGGAUGUCGGUAAGUCGCUCGCUGAAGAUGCUAUGUGGUGCGAAUCGUCCGGGAGAUUGGUUUUCACAGAAAUCCUGCGCCGCCCAGUACGGGAAGCUGUUGGAAAACGUAGAAACACCGAAACGAAAGAAGCGCACCGCUUCUGAGCGAGAUGGAGUUGCUGCCGUGGAAACUCCCGGUGAAUCCAUAUUACGGAAACUUACGCAAGAACGGGUAAUUGAGCUGAAGAAGAUAGUUCAAGACGAAACUCAGCAGUACACCAAAGUUAAGGAAGAUAUCAUUCUGAUCCAGAGUGGAGUCACGGAUGAAAAAAAGCUGAGGGAAAUGUGGAAGCAAAUUCAAACGGAAAAAGCUCAGAAGGAAAAGGAACAGAUUUUACAUACUCAAUGGUUGAAGGAACGAGAGGAAAAGAAGCUCGAACUGGAACGACAAUGGCGUCCGUUGUAUCCAAACUCGCCCAAUUCAUCUAAAACCCCAGGAUCAGCUAUCAAAAUGAAAGAAGAAGUAGAUGAAGAUAGCCAAAGCUCCACAAAAUCUGGAACUUCACCUUUGUUAACAUCCUUGCUUAAAAGCCCUUCGGGAAAUGCUUCCAGUAAUCAAGCACUCUCAACACCAGUGAACGCUAGAUCAGCAGCUUCUCCUACGAUUACAAACUUGUUGACGGGAAGCUCGCCAGUUGCGAUAAACAUUCUCGCUAAAAAUUUGUUUCCGGUAGCUGAAAAUGAUUCAAACAUGACGCUUGAGGGAAGUAAAAGCUACCCUCAAGAUAAACCACAAGUCCAGUUGAGUGUUCCUGAAUCCAAUGCGUACCAAGUUGCUCCAAAUCUAACGAAGCUUUUGGACAACAGACAGCACGAUGCGCCUGUCUCGAUCCCACUUCCCACUCAAGAGUUUACAAAGAUUAGUGAGAGUGCGUCCAAGCCCGAAGAAAUGGAUACGGAUGACAAUGUAGAUCCCGCCAAAGAUCUAAUGGCAGUUUUCCAAGAGUUAAUGCCGGAAGAGCUGGACGAAAUCCUUAACGAAAAUAACGGAAUGAUUUUGGAAGAUGAGAUUUUGGACAACGUUGUUGAUUCGAUCAUGGAAGAGGAUGAAGAAGGGUCAAUAAAGGGAAAAGAUCUGAAUGCUUUGGAGGGCGCAAGUACUGCUACCGAACACAGCCUGGGUGUCGACAAAGGCAGGGAAAAUUCAAAAAACUUCGAUUCUGCUCCUGAGGUUGCGAAGGGAGCAUAUUUGAAACCGGCAGCCGCUGCGCCACCAUCCCCACAACGUCACAACCCUUUUGAGGAGGAUGCAGGCGUAGUAAAAUCAGAGUACGCAGUAUAUGAACCUACAGAAAAGCUCACCGAAGAUAAGUGCAGCACUAAUGCGCAUGAUUCUGAAGGAUCCCUAAAAAUGCCUGUAAAUAAUGAGGCAGAGGAAGGCACAAAGUCAACGACAGAAAAAGAGACGGAAGCUUCUCCUAUUUCUGAGGAAGACAGCAGUAGCAGCUGCAAUCCCAUUAACCUUCCAUCUAGCGAAGAAAAUAAAGAAUCUAACGAUAGCGAAAUUGAAGGGGCUGAUUGCAGUCAACAAGCCGACGAAAUAACCACAACAACUAAGGCAGAGCCAGUAGAAUAUCCUUGUGAGCAGCAUCCUGACUUAAUGGAUACUGAUUCUCUUGAUGUUAAGUCCACAGCUGCCGAAACAGUACUUAAUGCAGAAACUAAAUAUGAAGAAAACACUGAAUCAAGCAUGGAUGAUAACAAAAAAGAUCCUACCGCAGUAGAGAGCAAGCCACAACCAGAGCCGAAGACUCUAACCAGUGAGGAAGAAGCUGCCCGAGCCAAGAAAGAAGCACUCGAAAAACUUGCCGCCGAAUACGAUUUCAAAGACGACGAAGAGCCAAUCGUUCCACUGUCGAUACAAAAAUCAAAAGAAGAAAAACAUGUUCCCGAAGAGGACGUUAACAUGGAUACACAGGAUCCCCUUGAAACGGUAGAAAGCCCGGGGGAAACAGAACAGAAAAAGCUAGACGACGCCGUAGUUACAGUAACAGAUACAGACGAUGAUUCCUUGAUCGAAAUGAAAAUAUCCAAAACUAAACGGGAUUACUCCCGACGUCGCACUGUCGAGGACCUGUGCAAGCCAAAAGAAGAUCCAUUGGCUACUCCAAAAAACGAAGAAACUGAAGGAAGAUCGCUGAGGAGACUACGCGAUCGUUCGGAAAGCCCAUUCGUUUCGUUGGACGACGAUCCCAAUGAUAAAAUGAAGCGAAGUUACUCGUCAACGCCAGUGAUGGAUUCGAUACCCAGCUCUCCCGCUUCCAGCGAGGAUCGUGAAUAUCGAGCCUGGAAGAAGGCUAUAAUGUCCAUACUCACAAAAAUAUCUUCUUCCCGUCAAGCGGUGGCAUUUCUGAAACCUUUACCAGAAGAUCAAACAGCAGACAUCAUCUAUCGUCCGAUGGACAUUUCGACCAUUAAGAGGAACGUCGAAAAUGGAAUAAUUAGAUCGAGUGCCGAAUUUCAGCGUGAUGUCAUGCUGAUUCACGCCAACGCAAUGAUUCUGAACAAGCCGGAGCUCUGCUGUCCGAAAACAGCCAACUAUGUAGUAACGGAUUGCAUUGCUCUUAUGGAAUCGGUUCCGGAAACCAGCAGAAAUCAGCGCGAAAAAGAACCGGAAAGUCGUGCAAGUAGUGCAAAUAAACGUUCUUCUAGGAAGGGAACUACCAGAAGUUCAUCUUCAAGUGUUCGCAAUUAGAUAACAAGUUUACAUUGAAAUACCCUAACGUACGUCUUGAAAUAAUAAUAAUUGAUAGGUAUCCCCUGCAGAAGGAUACAAUAAACAUUUGGAAAAAAAGUUUUAUCUUCGAAUUCCAUUAUAUAUUCGUUCCAAUACACCCAAUUGAGUCAAUUAGGGGAAACCGCCAAAUGUUGAACGGCUAAUUUUGUCGCCUAUUGUUGAACUCCCAUAAGAAAUGCACGUGCGUUCAACAAUAGGCGAAGAAAUUAGCCGUUCAACAUUUGGCGAAUUACCCUAGUGAUGUAGUUCCGGGUGAACCAACGUAGUGCAUAGGGUCUCAGAGAAGGCUGCAGGAUGUCGGAGCUUUCGCAAAUUGGGAAUUUAGUGAGUUUGAACGCGUUAUGAAAAAACGGUCCAUGGAGCAAUGUCCAAAAUUGAUAAGUUCUCAAUUGGUUUUUGCCAUUCGCAUACCGUGGAGGUACCAUAUUUGACUCAGUUAAGAAAAUUUUAAAAGAAAUAAUUAUUUCAAAUAUAAUUGCAAAAUGCAUUCGCUCAAUAUUCUGCAUAACAAGCUUUCUACUAUUAUACAAUGUGUACAAAUAAUGAAACUUCGAAAUAUAAGUUUAUUAUACUUAGUUUUUUAAUCUGUUUUCAUGUGGUACUUGAGGUGCCCAACAUGACGCACUAAUUACAGCAUCCGUUCGCUAACUGGGCUAAAACACCAGCCCAGUUAACGAACGCCGCUUUUUAACUGGGCUGACGAGGGAAUUCACGAUGCAUUGUUGUGAUCGUGUUUUACAUGAAGCUUAAAGAAUAUGCCAUUUAGAGUCCCCUCGUCAACGAGUCUUUGUUGUUGUUUUUUGACGGAUAACUGCUUUUUAACUGGGCUUUGGCCCAGUUAGCGAACGCCCAGUUAAAAAACAGUCCAGUUAAAACGCGCCCAGUUAGCGAACUGUUGCUGUAUAGGGUUAGGCGGGGCAAGAUGGGUCAGGGCCGGUUAUGAGAAUCGUCUUCUUAUCUUAUUAUUGGCAUUACAUCCCCACAUUGGGACAGAGCCGCUUCGCAGCUUAGUAUUCAUUGAGCACUUCCAUAGCUAUUAACUGCACGGUUUAAAAGCCAGGUUACCAUUUUUGCAUACGUAUAUCAUGAGGCUAACACGAUGAUACUUUUAUGCACAGCGAAGUCGAGACAAUUUCCAAUCCGAAAAUUGCCUAGACCGGCACUGGGAAUCGAACCCAGCCACCUUCAGCAUGGGCUUGCUUUGUAACCGCGCGUCUUACUGCACGGCUAAGGAGGGCUGUAUACAUUUUAUUGGGGAGAUUAUGACUUAGUAAGAGGAAUACUUUGAUUCUACUAUAUUGUCACUCGAUUUGAUGAUAAAAUUUAUUUUUGGUAGAGUGUGGCAAGGUAAAAUAUUCUUCAGCAUUGUUUCUUAUGCGAGACACACUUAUUAUAAAACGUGUAAACUCGUCGAGCAAUCUAAUAUUUAAACAUUGUUAGUAAUAUAGUGAAAGUAAGUUGUGGCGUCCACCCGACGAUACGCACCUACCAUAUGAACAUCGUGCUGUAUCAACAUCGACUCAUUCGAUAUACGAUGACGUCCACGUCAUGCGAAUGGAAUGACAUAUAGAGAUUACCUUUGCACCUCGAAUUGUAGUGGAAACAAAGAAGCGUGAAUGCUGAAUCAUAUGAAUUAUCCUAAAAAUAGAAAUUUGGCCCUUUCAUAAUUAUCUUUAUUAGUUUGUUGAGCAGUUAGGAGGUUUAACAGUUUGUUUUUUGCAAGUGUAGAGAGGUAAAUAGAAUCAAUGGUUGUGCUAACUCACUGAAAUCUAAAUGUAAACUUUCCCAGCAGAUUGCACAUUCCAGGCCGUUAUUCAUACAGUCUCCUUUAUAAAAAUUUGUUAUUCUAAAAAGGUAAGCAGUAUACAUUUAAAGCGAAUUCCUUCUAAAUCGAAGACCGAAGAGAACUAAAUUUGCUGUAACGCUCGUUUAGAAACCAACCCCUAUUUGAAAGGAGUACCGCGUAGAAUACUGCAGUUAAACGAGUAUAGGAGGCACUAAACGUAAGAGUGAUAGGUACUAAAGCGUGAACUUAUAUGAAACUCUAAUAAUUUCUAUUAAUACACACAGAAAAUUUUAACUAACUGUAAAUUCAUUUUUUCGGAAGACGCUUCCUCUAGUUGGCACGGCCAACAUAAGUAAUGUAGGCGAUGUUGUACUAACUGCGUUGAAAUAAAUAAAUUUGAUCGAAAA